CAUUUUACUAAUUAUUUACGUUCUAUCUUUCUCCUAAUCUCUUUUCGUCUCAAUUUAUUUAAUUCAAUCAUUUUUAAUUAGCGUUUAGUAUUAAAUUUACAUAUAUUCCUUUCACUUCCUCGCGCUAUAUUACAUUUUUUAUCAUUCGCUUUUUAAUAAUUUACCGAUGACCGAUGUAUGAAAACCACGUUGAAAAUCUCCUACUUCCAUGUCUUUCAUAGAACGAAAGUUACGCGUUAACAUUAGAUGUUAACGCACAUGCCGCGUCGUGAGACGUCGGUACUAUUCAAGAUAAAUGGAAUCUAUUUGUUUCGGCACAAUUACUCAAGGGACACGAAUGUAUCCACGGCUAUGCCCCUCGAUUUGGAUGCCACGUAAAUUCUAGCCGCGAUAUAUGAGGCGAGAGAGGCGGGUUACGGAAUGGCAGACACGGGGCGGGACAAGGCGAACGGAAAAGGAAUGGAGAAAAAGUAGUCGACAUAUUUUUGCACAACGAAAAAUCGUAGAGGGUACAUAUACAUUAAACACGCGUAUGUAGGGUUAAUAAAUUUCAGGAACGCCAACAAGACCGUGUUCGAUCGAUUUUCGCUACCUUAUGCGCGAGGAGAACGAGAAUUACCCUGAGAUUUUGUACAUAAUAUAUAGCGAGGUGAAAAUAGAGGUGUGAUAGAGAGAAUGUGUGUGUCUGUGUAUACGUGAACGUGCGGGUAUGUGUGUUACGAUAAAAAAUAUGAAAAGAGAAAAGGAAAAAAAUAAAAUGUUACGUUAUAAGAAGAUGAUUGUAACGAAGACGAGCAGCUAAGUUGUAGAAUUUCCCUCGAAUAACGUCGCUCGCCGAAGUAGCUGUAAAUACGAGGACGUACGUUUCUCUAAACUAACUAAAAUAACUCCCCCAAUGUGAAACGAGAGAAACGAUCGAUUUAUCUCGUUCGAAGUCGUCCACGUGCUCGAAGUCGGAUACGCGUAUCCGGGAUGUACGAAUGAUGAGCUAUCUCGAGCGAAAAAACGGAAUGCCUAUGAGUGCCGGAUGCCGGGUUGAGACGACAUUAGAUCCUUAUAGGGAGAUUCCGUCGACUUUUGCCGCAGUCGACGCGCGGCAAGAGAGUUUGAACGACGACGCCGUGAUCGCGGGUGUCGCAACUCCCGAUUAUCGACCACAGAUGCAGGCCCACCAUGGUCAAGGCGCAGCCGCGACCCAGGCGCGGUCGCCGCGAUCAAAGCUGUCGGAUUUCUUACAUCUCUGGGUCAACAACAUCCGACUACUUUACUCCUGGGGCAAUCUAGAGAGCCUGACACCACAACUGCCCAGCACGAUGGGUAAUCUACAGAGCGAUAGUAAGAAGAAGCAGAAGAAGAAGGAUGCUGCGCCACCGAUACCAACGUCCACGUCCACGGAUAUCGAACCCGAGACAACGGAGGACCAAAGGAAGGAGAAGCGGGAUCAACCGCCCGCAGUUCCGGAAAGACGUGAUGAACCUCAUGAGCCGAUCAAGAUCAGCUUUGAGAAAGUGCAUACACCGGGACAUGUCAAAAGACCGGCACCGCCGCCACCGAUGGUAGUGUUAUCCAAGGACACGCAGGAGAGUGUAGAGCCUGAAUGUCGCAAAGAUACUGUAAUAACAGCGAAGCCAUGCGUAACAACGACGGAGUCUUUCCGCUCAAGUACCACGACAUCGACGACGACACCAGCUCAGACGCCGACGACACCGCAGACGAUCCAGCUGCCACCAUUAUUGGUGACCGAUUCAUGGCGUUUGGCAAAUAAGAGCUUAGUCGUUACGGAAAUGCCGACGCCACCCAGUCAAGAAUCCUCGAGCGAUAGUGUCUUUACUGAUCCCGGAGAGCUUACUAUGAGUCCGGUCACGGCAGGCACGAGACCGGAAGUGAUGAAACAUAAACCGAUUCUAGAAACGAUCGAUAAUAAGGAAGAAAAAGCUUCGUUCAUGAUCUCGAAGCAUAAGAAGAUCCAUCUCUCAGUGAUGAGUCCCCGAAUAAGCAAAACGUCGAGUGAAAAGAAUGCGGUAUCGGAACCGAGUUCGCGCACUUUACAAAGACGACACAGCGUUUACGAGUCUUCUGCAAACGAAAACAGAGUGCUAAGAAGAGUGGCUAGUUUGACCUUGGGUCGAAAUAGCGCCAAGAAGAAAAGAAGCUCUAAAAGUAUCAUCUGUCAAAAGACGGAUCGCUACAAGCAAUCCGAAGAACAAGAACUGCCAAUUUGUUUGACUUCUGCGCUAUCAGACAAAGACGUGAAGAAAAACUUUACAUCCAUGAUAGACCGGACAGACAUCUGCGCUUUGCCAAAUGAACUUCAUUCAGCUCGAAAAUCGAAUCAAGUCUGCUGUGAACACUCCAUGCUUAAGGAUACUUAUUCAUACGAGGAAGAGGUGAAGAAGCUGAAAGAUGAAAUCAAACGACUGCGCGAAAUAUCUACAGACUAUCAGAUAAUCACUAAAGGCCAGUCUACUCAAACAUCACCAAGAAAUACAUCACCAGUUGAUGGAAACAUUAGUGAAACAAGCAACUUACAUGCUGGAUUAUCAACAAUCAGAAGUGAUGUCACGAAUCUCGAUCAAGUCAAGAUGACUCUUGCGCUUUCCUCCACAUCGAUCGACAUGGUCAAUCGAUCAUGCUUAUCACAUAGCAGUCAAGCAAACGCACUUAGUGAAAAUCCAGCGUCGUAUCCAACGCCGUUACCACCUCCAUUAUCAUUGGAGACAUUCUCGAAAAACAGAUCCAUAACGACGUCUUUUAUCCCACCGCCUCCACCACCGUCGUCUCCGUUUACGCUUGCUACGUCGGUGCGUGACAGCGAAAGGACAAUUUCAGCAUCAUCGACGAAAUUGAUGGAUGCUUCUCCUAGGAUACCGACCCCACCGCCGCCACCUCCCCCCAUGUCGGCGCAAAGUACUAUGAAUACAUUGCCAUCUCCGCCGCCUGCUCCAUCUCCACCACCACCCACGCCGAUGUUGAAUACUACAAUACCUAUUCCUCCACCUCCGCCUAUGCAAGUCAUCAUAAGCGCGAUAUCUCCGCCGUCUCCUCUACAAAACACGAUACCGCCGCCACCGCCUCCGCCACCACCUCCACCCCCAUUUCCGUUCAAACCGGUGCAGAACGAUGAGAUUGGUAUACCUCCUCCUCCUCCACCGCCACCACCUAUGCUUCCUCAAAGUGUAAUGUGCGAGAUGUCUUCUAUGAAAAUUACCAUACCUCCUCCGCCACCACCGCCGUCUACGCCGAUAUUAAACACAUGCGGGAUACCACCACCGCCUCCUCCGCCACCAUCACUUGCGGGCGUUACUAGCGCGAUACCUCCACCGCCACCACCGUUACCUGGAAUGGAGCAGAAUUUUAUGACUGGUCCACCACCACCGCCACCGCCUCCAGGUAUGCCUAUGCAGGAUGGUAUACCUCCACCGCCUCCUAUUGGAGGUUCAGGUGCAGGUCCUCCACUACCGCCUGUGGCACCACCGCCACCCCCGGGAGCAAUAGGACCUUGUCCUUUACCCGCUCCACCGAUCGGAGGAUGGAAUCCGCCGAGCCGAGCCAUUAUGAGAAAGCAACCUUUAAAUCCUGAUGUGCCUAUGAAGCCAUUAUACUGGACGAGGAUUUUGGUAUCAGUUACUGCAACCAACCAAACUUCAUCAAGUACUUCAGAUUUAUCACCACAGGUGCCUCUGUGGUUAGAACUUGCCGAGGAGGAGAAUUUAAACAUGAAAGAGUUCGCUAAUUUAUUUUCAAGGCAGGUGAGAGAAAGGAAUCCGACCAAGAAAAAUGAAGGGACACCUCUCAAAAGUUCUAAGAUCCAACCUGCAAAAAUAUUAGACUCGAAACGCUCAAAGAUGGUCGGAAUCCUUGAAAAAAGUCUGCAUAUUGAUUUUAGCGAGAUCGAGAAUGCAGCUUAUAAUUUAGACACGAGCGUGAUUAGUUUAGAAGCAUUGCAACAGAUCUACGAAAUUAAACCGACGCAAAAGGAAAUAGAAGAAAUUGCAGCUCAUGAAGCAAUUUUUCCGGACAUUCCUCUCGAUCAACCGGAAUUAUUUCUCAAACGGCUGUCCGGUAUAAAGCACUUCUCCGAAAGGAUAGCUUGUCUGAUGUUGCAAUCGGAAUUCCAGGACGCGAUAUCAUCAGUGUCGUAUAAAUUGAAUAAUGUGCGAACUACCUGUGAUUUUCUGAUCAAUUCCGAGCCUCUAAAAAAAGUAAUAGCGAUCAUAUUGACUUUGGGCAAUUACAUGAAUGGUGGAAAUAUGCUGCGCGGUCAGGCUGAUGGCUUUGGCUUAGAAAUCCUCGGCAAGUUGAAAGAUGUGAAGUCCAACGUACCUGGCAUCACCUUGUUGCAUUACGUCGUCAAUGCAAAAUUGUCCCAGGAAAAAGAACAUAAUUUCGACGAGCUAUUGCCUUUACCUGUGCCUGAAUCGGCUGACGUAGAAGCGGCAUCCACAAUUAAAUUCGAUGAGAUCGCUAAAGAACUGGAUAGAUUAGAUAGAGAAUUACAAUCGUGUGCACAAAUGUGUAGUACAAUUGUGGAAGCAGAUCCAUCUACAUCCAAAAUAUUCAAAAAGAAAGUAGAUUCAUUUCUAUCAAGGGCGAAUACCGAAUUGGCGAGCGAAAAAGAAGAUCUAUUAGAGGCUAAAAACAAAUUCAAAGCUGUGAUGAAGUUCUAUCAAUUUAUUCCUAAAGGCUCCACCCUGGAGACUGCAGAACCUUACGACUUCUUUAAUCUGUGGCUUAGUUUCUGUCGUGACUUUAAGGAUAUCUGGAAGAGGGAACAGCAACGAAUACGAAAGGAACGACUGGAGGCAAUUCGUAAAAAGUUCGAAAACAAACCCGAAGUUGUAAGAGUAAAAUUAAAUCCGCACGGAUUAAAAGCAAAACUACAAAAACUCACGCAUAAGAAGCAGACUCAAAGGUAG